AUGGAGAAUAAGGCGCAAGGUGGGACAAAACGCUUCUCUCUAUCGAGAAUAGCCCAAACUAGCAAGCCAACCGCCGUCCUAUAUUGCGCAUACGACGCGCGCGAGGCCAUCCGCAUUGCUGCGACGCAAUACCAGCCGCGGCACAGAUGCCUCGCCAGCGCGCUGGCCCUAUGCAUCGCAAUGCCAGCCUCGUCCACUCCACCGAGGAACCAGGUCGUCCUCGAUCCUGCGUGUUCGAGUACCCUCGGCCAGACAUUCUACCCGCGGAAGUCCAUGGUACCCCGUCCGGUCCGCGAACGUUGCUGCUCAGCACAGGCUUUCCCAACGCAAGGCCCCGCCUGCCGGACACUGCUACUGAAAAUAUAUUCGAGGCGAGGCAUCGUCGCCGCGUCCCUCGGCGGACCACCUACAUGCUCCGUCAUGCCAACGUCCCCUCGCGCUGCAAGGUUCACCCAAGGUAUAGAACUGUGUCUCGCAGCGUGCACGACGUACCGUGAGACCGGGCCACAUCGACGCGGGGAGCCUACGCACACGCGCAGCGAGGGUCCGGUGCAGGCGCCUAACUGGGCGCCUAACGCUGAAUCGGGGGCGUUGAUAGCGUUCUGGGAGCUGGAUCCGUUGACGAGGUGCUUGGAAGCUAGGCAGAUGCCUAACUGCGCGAACCACGGAGGACGAUGUGGCCGAUGGCGCGAGGUCGAUGAGGUGGACCGGCUGAGGGGAAAGGGCGGCGAGGCAGGGCUCCUGUCGAUAUCCGCAUGCGGCAAGAUUCCAAGAUGGUUCCCGAGGCCUAUCGUCCAGCGAGGAGGUCGGAGUGAGACUGCGCGUGGCAAAAGCGGCGUCAGCGAUAAAUUCCAGACGUCAUGGGCGGCGGGGAUGCUGUUGAACGUGGGGUCGUGGAGAGCGCCGGCACAGGCGAUGACCGUGAGGCGGUGUCCCGCAGGGCGACUGGAGGUCGCGGCAUGCGGAGGGCGCAGCGGCGCGCCAUGGGCGCUCGAUCGAAACACGAGUGCGCGCCAUGUGAAGGGCGCAUCAGGCGGGGCAACUAUCACGAUGCCGGGAAAGCACGUCCGCUUCGCCGCCGCGGAGGACGCGCCCUCGCCGUCCUGGUCAACCAAGACCAUCGCACCUUCCCCCGCCUGGUCGACGUCAACCCUCGCGUCGUCCCCCCUACCAGCGGCGCCCCCGUCGCUCCCCCACAAGCUCUCCCCCUACGGCAACUCACCCCUACCUCCCAUCGAGCCCGAGCUCGCUGAGGAGUACGUAGCACCGAACCCCAACCUGUGCUACUCCCUCACCCCAUCUAUCUACUUCAACGUCGCGCACGACCCCGCGGUUGCGCUGCAGCGCAUGGACCCCGAAAUCGCCACCAUGCCCGCAACGUACCCGGCGCUGUCGCGACUGACGCUGGUUCAUCACCAGCUGCCAUGGCGAAUCGUCGUCACGCCACGAUCGACGAGACCCAACGCGCCCGUAACCAUUGGCGACAUCGUCGUCGCACUCGCGGAGGCCCUGACCAAGCCCGCAGAGGAGGCCGAGCUUCAGCGCGAGACCCCCGCGCGGCGGGUGAAGAUCACCGAGGCGUGGAAGGCGCGCUGGCGACGGCACGAAGACUCGUACGUCCGGCGGAUCGACUGGCUCGAGGGCUACACGAUCUUCAUGGGCAUGACGGCGACGCAGCAGCACGGAGUCUGGGCAUUCCAUAUGGGCCACUGAACGACGGCGACGCGCACCGAGACACGGACUCGCUACCUACCACCAUUUCCCUGUUUUUAUGGACCUCCGUCGCUAUCCCCCAUCCCCCAUCUCAUUACUCUCGAGGCCCACUCGCUAUCCAGUCCCCCCUCCCCCACUAAGUUAUUUAUCCCACUAUACGCGCGCCGCCCUCUGUAGCUCAUACCCCUCUCCUGCUCUGCUCCUGCCGAAACAACAAAUGUACUGUAUGAUUAUUGUUACUUACUACGAUACCCGCUCACGACCUUCACGACCGUAGAAUAUUUGCGACUCUGGGUUUUAGGAAGUCACUAGGAGAACAAAUGAAUUUGUCGACUGUACACUGGCGGGAUUCUGACUGAGGCAAA